AUGAAACGCUCUAAAAGUCAGCCGGCUCGCUUUGAGAGGAAAGCUGAAAUCCAAGUGAUAAACGAUGAAAAAAUGGAAAAACGUUUGAAUAAGAUGAAGAAGAAAGGAAAGACAGCCGUCAUUUCAACAUUGGAUAACCGUCCACCAUUCAAUCUUGAUACUAAAAUAGAAGGAUAUGAUGAUAUAGAUGAGAAUGGACGAAUUCGUAAACGUUGGGAUGCAGCAUCAUCUUCGGCACCGUUAAAAUCCAAAAUUGAUCAGGAGAAGUUGACAUCUGAAUGGACGAACGGCCUACGAAGUGGAUUUCAUUGA